GAACCUCAUUUUCAUCGAGGGCUUCUUCUCCAAUCGAUUUCUGCAUCUGUUAAGGGACUUUUUUAGGGUUUCGGACUCACACAUUGCGUUUCGGAAAGAUGAGUUCUACAGCGGCGAGUUCCACGAAAGGCGGCAGAGGCAAGCCUAAGGCUUCGAAAUCCGUAUCGCGUUCGUCGAAGGCUGGCCUGCAGUUUCCAGUCGGUAGGAUCGCGCGUUUUCUCAAGGCUGGGAAGUAUGCGGAGCGUGUUGGUGCUGGUGCCCCUGUUUAUCUCUCCGCAGUUCUCGAAUACCUUGCUGCCGAGGUUUUAGAGCUUGCGGGGAAUGCCGCAAGGGACAAUAAGAAGAACAGGAUUGUGCCCAGGCACAUCCAGUUGGCUGUUCGAAAUGAUGAGGAAUUGAGUAAGUUGUUGGGGAAUGUUACUAUUGCAAAUGGUGGCGUGUUGCCCAAUAUUCACCAGAACUUGCUGCCGAAGAAAGCUGGCGGGCAAUCCAAAGAGAUUGGAUCAGCGUCGCAAGAAUUCUAGGUCUUUUUGAGUAGGCCGUUGUGGUAAAUGGAUAUAAUCUAUAAAGGUUUUGAUUAAUCCGGUGUGCACGAUGUCUGGUCGAUGUAUAAAGUCCCCAUUUUGAGUUGAUCGGUUUUGAUAUAAUGGUACUUCUGAGAUACGUUAAUUUCUUUUACAUCAGUGUUUUAUUUUGAUAUAUUAUUUCUUCAGUUGUCUUGUAAAUUUGAUUUAUUACGUGAUUAAUUUUGGUUCCAACAAUCAGAUGUUACGUCUUGUCGGUGGAAGAUGCUAUUUUUAAUAGUUGAAAAGUUACAGACCA